GUCCCGCCUUGCACAGAAGUGCCGGAAGUCUCCGUGGAUGUGAUUCUCGUUUUCAGCAAGACCUUUGAGGCCUCCCCGCAUGCCCAGACUGCAGCUAAUGCUAUCGUGACGCAAUUUGAGAACGGGACUUUCACCUGGGCGCAGUGCUUCCGAAGCCUCACAGUCCAGGAGGCCAACCUCACCGCUGUGGAAGAUGUGUACGACUCCCGUGGCUACAGCAUCCGGAAGGCUUGGGUCACCGGUCCGAACAAGGUCUUCAGAUCCGUUCUUCGAGCUGCUGUUGACAAGUCUUUCGGUGAGUACAGCCACUUCUUCUACAUGGAGCUUGACUCGGUGCCGAUCCGUGCCGACUGGCUCCAACAGUACGUGGCCGAGGCCCUCUAUUAUCCAACAGCGGCCAUGCGCGGAAGCCGCUACAGAGGCGACACAUGGGACGGCUUUCUCAAGGAUCUACCGACGGAGCUGCUAGUGCACAUCAAUGGCAACGCCAUCUACAACGUGGAACAUCCCUGGACGGUGCAGUUGUUGACCUACCUGGAGGACCCGUCCUUCGAAGUUGACAGCGUUGCCUUCGACAUCAGGAUUGCCAAUCUCAGCUUCGAGGAGUUUGGCAGCGCACUGGACUCUCCCUACAAGGCCGAUUCCCUGCUCAUUGGAAACUAUGCCCAGAUGCCGCUCUGGGUUGAGGGUUUCGAUUCCGCCGAGUACAUUCGCCAUGGCGCCAAGGGGAACAUUUUUGAAAACAUCGAUGACUCACAAGUCACUCUUGGUGUGACUUGGUCAGAAAUCGGUCCUGUGUCCGUCUCGGUUUGUGAAGGCUUCCUCCCGGGGCGUAGGCAGUAA